AUGGCGGAAGGUCAUAACACCGGCAAGUGUUAUCGUCUCUGCACUCAAUGUAAAUACGCGAUCCCCAACAAUUUAUCCAUUUUUUGUGGGAAUUGUGGCUAUCAAUUUGCGGAUCGAAGAAAUUUGAAUGAUACGCAGAUGAUUUUGGGAAGCUUAGAUCGAGUUAGAGAUGCAAUCGGAGACAUCAACAAUCGACAAACUCAAUUUGUUCAUGGACUAAACGGGAUUGGAGAGAUUGUCAGAGAAAUGGGAGCCAGAGUAACGAGAUUGGAGAUAAUCGCGGAGAGAAAGAAAUGUAAGCUGCCCUUACUUCUACCAUAUUCAAUUCUAAAAUAACUAAAGAUUACUAUUGGCCCUAAGAAAUUAUCUUCAGCUUUACAUCUGACCUCCCACUACACAAACCCUCUUCAUCGUAGCAUCGAAAAUAUUGAAAUAACCAAAUCAGUGACAUCGGAGAUCUCAGAUGACAGUUCGUUACCCCCACCUACGCCUACAGUGAAAUCAGCAUCAGUGCCUCCACCACCAGUCAAACCAAAACCAGUUGCCACUCAAUCUUUCGAAAUUGAUGAGAGGAUAAACAAAAACAGUGAUGAGAGUGAUAGUGAGAUUGAAGAUAUCAGUGAAGAUGACCCAGUAGAAGAUAUCGACACAACGUUCUGUGACACACCAACAGAAAAUAUCUAUCGAAAUGAUUUUGGGGAGUGA